UAAUUAACGUCGGACCGUCCGCCGCUGACGACGACGACAGCGACAACAACGUUCGAUACCACCCGCGCAAUCGAUAUAAUUUUUGAAACAUAAUCAUUACUUACGUCUCGUUCAUCAUCGACAAUCGCCGCGCGUGCAUCUUUUAAACCGUGGUUAUUCGGUGGUUUGCGUCAGACACUGUGUACCUACUCAUAUUAUACCGUACUUUCGUCCAAAAUUUAAAGUGUUUAAUAAAAUAUAUUCACAAACAUAUUGUGUUUACGUCGAGCGCGUGUGCGGUGUUGGUAUUAUUUAUUACCGCAGUCAAUCGUCAUAAUAUAGCCAUAAUAUAAUAUCUAGCUAAUACGCCCAUAUCGUGCGAAAGGGAAAGGACUCCGCGUCGACAACAGUUCACCUAACGGACGGAUCGUGGAAUCUUCUGCUUCUCGAUUAUCAUUACUAUCGUUUUCGCCGCCGACCGGUGCAACGCGUACACUGUUAUUAUACCCACCCGCAGCGCCGUGCAGUGCGACGUCCGGGCCGCGACAAUAUGAUGUCACUGUAUAGGACCAUCAGGGGCACGAACGGCACCCAAAAACGCGUCAGGGACAGGAGUUGUCCGUCGUUAGCAGUGCCGAACGACAUGAUAUCCAGGCGUCGAAUACUGUCCAGGUCCAGGGACGACCUGAACUUGGACCAGGGAGUAGGAUUUCCCGUCCAGGUUGAAGAAGAAGAGGACGUAUGGUACAACAAGGACAAACUGUACAAGGAUCACAUUCAGGAAGUGUUGGAUAAAUGGACGCAAAUCGACGACGAGAUUUGGGCCAAAGUGAUAGUGCUCGAAAGAAACCGGCGAGUGGCUAAAGCUUAUGCCCGGGCACCAAUACUCACGGUGAACGGAUCCGACGAGGGAUUCGAUGGAUACAGGAUUGGCGUGAACGGCUUCGACAACCCAAUGCGGGAUCCAAAGACCGAAGAAGUGAAAAAACUAGUGGGCCUCGGUGUCAAAGUGAAGAUGGACGAUCAGGGAAACAUUCUCGUGAAAAAGCUGUCCGGAAAGAACGUAUACGUAAAGAGCAUAUCGAACGCUGGUGAAGAGACCAGCAUCGGGGCGGACGUGCUCAAAUUACCCAACUACUGUCUGGAGAACGACAAACCGGUUAAGCUAUUUGACAUGAAAAAAUUCCAACAGAACGUCUCCAGAGAAUUGCGCAGAGCGUACCCUGACCGCAGGCGUCUGGAAUGUCAGUGUUUGAGUGCUAUCAGCUUCGUCAAGAACGAACAGGACAUGUUGGACAGCCCUAUAUGGGUGUUGAUCAUAAACGUCGUAGCCAUGGAUAUGCUCAAGUCAAAAUUGCCACCAAUUUACGCAGUGAAACGCACCACGGUGGACAUCAAGAAUCGGCCCAGGAUCCCGAUUCCGGACGAGGACCCGUACAGCAUAGCAGGAGCAAACAUGGUGGCCGCCACUCGGGAACAGCUGAUGAUGCAGACCGCGGCGCGCCGGGGUGACAAACCGCCCAAGCUGCCGCCCAGGGACCCGUCGAACCCGUAUCCGCACGAAAUACCCAAGCCCGACUACGACGACAUCGAAGAAGAAGAAAACAGAUUGGUCGGUUCCAUGAAGCAGUUCACCUCAUCGAGGGGAAAGGACAAAGUCAAGGACAACAAUAAAAAAUACGACGACCCGUACUACUGUGGACUGAGAGCCAGAGUGCCAAAUUUUGUCAAGACUUCCAACGGAAAGACCAAGGAGUUCAUCAAAGAUGUGCCCGUCGGCCCAAAGAUGAGCACCGCCGUGCCGCCAUCCCGCUACCAACAGAAUCCGAUGGCCCUGUCCAACGGUCAUCUGGCCGCCGCCGCCGUACACUAUCAUCAUCAGACGCAGCCCGCCAUGUGGCACACGCGCAGCUUCGACAGCGGAAUGGACGCCGAAGUAUUCGAUUCACCGUACAACCACAUCUACGGACGGCUCCCCAUACCCACCAGAGGUUAUAUACCGACGGGACACAGGACUCCGAUGUACGUCGGCGAAUGGGACUAACGAUUCGAACAAGGCGGAGUGACCGAAGUCGGGUCGCGCUUCUCAUCGACAACGAUUUAAACGAUUCACUUUUAAAAGACAAGAAAAUUAAAAAAAAAAAUAAUAAUAUCAUUUUAUUAUAAUAUUAUAGUAGAUCCCUUUUCGUUUUGUUCUCUCGACUGAUGGAUUUAUAUAUAUAUAUAUAUAUAUAUAAGUAAAUUGCGUACAUUUGUAUUAUAUAAUAUUAUAACAUAAUGUAUUGGAAAACGAUUUUACGAGCUUUUUUUUUUUUUGACUUCUUUCUUUUUAUUAUAUUAUAUAGAAUAUUUAGUAGGUAGGUAUAUGUAUUUUUUGUGAUUUUCUUUUGUUUUCGAUUUUAUUUGAUUAGUCCACCGCCGGUACGAAACACGACGACCUCCGUGAUAUCGCAGUGUAUACAUACAUUUUAUCAUAUAAUAAUAUUAUAAUGAUAUGAAUAUUAAGCAUAUUAUAAGUUUUAUAAUAGUAAAAAAAACUCGCGCGGGAUUUUUUCUUACGGAUACAUAGCAAAAGAAGCAGUACCUAAAAUUCUACCGUAAUUAUUACAAAUAAAUAAAUUAUGUCUCUAAAAUCAUAGUUACUGCGGACGUCGAUAUUAACCUUUUGGAAAAAUUCAAAAUCGUGUAUCGAUGACGUGUGUGAUCAUUUAUCAUCCCAUGGUCGUCGAACAUACACACACACAUUGCAAGUAUUGUAUUGUUGUUAUAAUUCUCACAUAGGUACACCGUAGUCCGAUUGCCAAAAAAACUCCGUCAUCUUGGUGAUAAUAAUAUAAUUUCGUAGAAAGUGAAAAACAGAAAAGCGAAAUUCAGUCGUAGGUAACAGCCAGCAUCCGACGACGACGUCUCGAGAGGUGGUGAGUUAGGAUACGAUUUUUUUUCUUACCGUGUGAAAAUGAAUAUAUCAAAUAGAGAACAGAAAAAAUGUGAGAAAAUAAAAUACAAACCGGUGUGGGGAAGUCGUAAAAUCGAUCGAAUUCUUCGUAUAAUAUAUUAUAAUAUGUAGAAAGAAAUAAAAAAAAAAUUUAAUUUGUAACAAAGAGAUUAAGUUUAAUUUUUAUGGAAACAAAUAAAACGUAUUGUAUAAAAGUAACUUAUAUAUUAUCUUUGUUGUUUAUUAUUAUUAUAUUUUUUUUAUAUAUAUACAUUUUCUUUUAAGCUCGCGCUAUUGGUAUAUAUAAUAUUAUAAUAUAAUAGGUACGUUACGAUUAGACUUUUUAGGUUUAACGCAUAAUAUUAUUAUAAUGAUAUAUCAUAUAUACAUUGUACCCCUAUUUGAUAUGCCCUUUUUUCUCUCUCAAUUUUUUAUUAUAUAAUUAAUUAUUAUUGCGAAUAAUUACGCAUGUUCGGCGCGUGCGACAGACGCAGUGCAUUUGAUAUCAUAAUAAUUAUAAUUAUUACAAUGAUAUAUAAUGAUCAUAAUAUACGCAUAAUAUUAAACUAUUAUAAUUGUCAAACAAGGUUCGCACGCGUCGAUUGCGUUGUUCACACUUGUUGUUGUAUAUAUAUAUAUUAUAUAAAUAUAUACAAUCAACGAUUAUGUGAUCAAUAUUAUAAUAUUAUACGCAUACAUACCAGUUAAUUAUAAUAUUUUUAUUUUUAUUUUUUAGUUUGUUUAAGUAUAUUUUAAGUAUAUUAUAAUGGUAAUCCGAAUUUUUAUUUCAUGACAAUAUAUAAUUAUUAUUAUGUUUUUCGCCUAUAUUAUAUUAUAUACUAUUAAUAUAUUAUAAUAUAAGUUGUCUUGUAUUUCUACAUAAUUAUAUAUGUGUGUUUUAACGAUAGUAAUGAUAACAAUAUACGAUAAUAUGAAAAAAA